UCCGCCGCGCCGGCGCGGAACCGAGGUGCCGCGGCGUCGGUUCCCACCCGGAACGUGCGCACCGAGAUGGCGGGCUUGGCCCGCCGGGGUCCCGCGGCGGCUUGGAAGAUGCUGCAGAGGAUGGAGGGCCUGGCAUCCACGGCCUGGGCUCGCUGUCUCUUUACCAGGUCAAGAAUUCCAGAGUCGGUAUUUCAGCCACGGCCUGGAGAUCAUGAAAAGUAUGGAGGUGACCCUGAGCAGCCCCACAAAAUCCACGUUGUUACUAGAAUAAAGAGCGUAAUUGGUCGCCCGUAUUGGGAAAAGAAGAUAGUACGUGAUCUUGGACUGGUUAAAGCUCAUCAGCCAAGACUGCACAAAAAUAUCCCUUCUGUGAAUUCCAAGCUGAAAGUUAUUAAACAUCUGAUAAGAAUACAGCCACUGAAACUACCUUAUGGGUUGCCAACGGAAGAGGAAAUGUCGGACACCUAUCUCACGAGCAAGGGAGAGCUUAUCAUUAAACGGCAUCUGAAAUCUGGGGAGCAGAAAGAAAUUAAAUCAUAAGGGAAGCUGACCACAACAUCUGACGCAUAUUGGAUGCCUACCAAUAACCGGCCAGUUAAAGGUGCACCCACAGCAUCAUCUCAAACAAGCCCUCUAGAGCUGUCUUUCCCAACUUUUUAAGGGGUACAGCCAAUGUAAUAAUUACAUUUCCAUAGAUUUCCUUUUCUACAUCUACUAUACCUGUAAGUAAUGAUAGCAAACGCCUUCAAACUUGUAAGACUUGAGGUUCUCAGUUUUCACUGUGUUCAGAAAUGAAUGGGUGCUGAGGGCCGCAAUCUCUUCUUUUAUUUUGCCUGAAGAAUGCAGAUGGCAUUGAAGUGAUGCUUCACUCUUCACAAAGCAUCUCUCUAGUCAUUGUGUAAAAUAACUAAGAUCAGAAGUGUUUAUGAGGGAGGAAAAAAGUAUUUUCCUUCUGUUCUCUAAAAUGAGACUUUGAAUUUAAUGUCAGAAGUUGGAUUGUGUUCUAGAAAAGAGGUCACCGGACUGGAUCUUAUGAGACAUUAGUUCACAUCCCAGCUUAACCACAGAUCUAUCACCUAAAGCACUCUAUUUGAAGUUUGAGCCAGGAGAGGGUUUUAUGCUCAUAAAGCACGAAUCAAAACACUGUCAUGCUCCAAAACUCUGUUCUAAGUACUUGGCUGAGAAGUACUUCUGCUCCUGCUUGAAUGUAAAGUGGCCCAGACAGAGGCGCUUCGUCCUGAUGUUGCAAAGUGUGGUUCUGGACACUGUAUCCCAAAAUCUCUGGAGGAGUGGAGUUCACAGUGCACACUCACAUAUUUACUCACAAUAAGCAGCUGUGAUGCCUAAGUAGUUUAAACCAGAAGCGAGACCCAUCUUAGAAGACAACUUCACGAAAGCAAAACCUAACUAACAUCCCUUUUGUGUAAAGUACUUAAGUACUUAAAUUGGAUGCACGCGUGUCCAUCUUUCAGCCUGUUGAGGCUGUGCUACUGCACAACAGAGAACACCAAAGCCACGGGGGAAGUUGGUGGGAAGACAAGAGAGUGGUCUUACAGUCCCUGUAGGGACACAGUUGCAUCAGCUUCAUGUUCCUGAGACUGCCUUGGUGUUUCAUGCUGAACAGGGAGAUGGGGGACAAACAUCAAAGUAGUAUUUUGUAGUAAGCAUGAUCUAGUGGGCAGCCUGAUCUAGUGGGAUGUCCCUGCCCAUGGCAGGGGAGUUAGAACUAGGUGAUCUUUAAGGUCCCUUCCAACCCUAACUAUUCUAUGAUUCUGUGAAAACACACAAAGCACUGGGAACAGAGAGGAGAACCUUAUCUCCUCUCAAAUCCAUAAGCUACAAAGCCAUGUUUUCUCUCGACACCUCUUUCCAGGCCCACAAGCCUGCCACUGUGCUGUACAAAGCUUCAGAAGCGAGGGUGGAGAGGAAUACCGCACUUGGGUAAAACAUUUUGUAGUCGCUAUCUUUGGCAGAUUCCUAGGCGACUUGGAUCCUGUCUUGGGGCACCACUUGCCUGAGAGGAAGUCAAUGCAUCUAAUCCCAGAAUCUGGAUUCCGAAGAAGAAACCGAAAGUAGAUUCUGGACCACCUAGUUCUCGGUGUUCCCAAGUCCUUCAGUAGAGCUAAUAUUGUUUUAGUUUCCCACACACAAAAUGAGGAUGUACAUUCAUGACUCACGGGGAUGUCAAACUAACACUCAUCAAUAAUUAAUUGUUAACUCUACCCAUUAAUCAUGAAAACUAUUAAGAGCAAUUCUGUGUGCUGGGAAUUCAUGAUACAGAGCACUGAGGACAAUCAACAUUUUAGAAACCAAACAGGAAACAGUUUCAGACUCUUUUUCUGGGGCAGCACACUAACAAAAGAAAUAAUUAGCAAGGAGGAAGAGGAUCAGGAGAGGAGUUAAUGUGGGUUUGUGUAUUACAAUCACCCGAUUUUCAUGCAACGUCAUCUUGGGAAAAGCCAGUGCUUACUGAAGAUUGCAUGGUUUGUGAAGCAGUUAAAUCAGUUUUUAAACCUUUUUUUAUAAGAGUCACAUGUUGAAAUUGUACCACUGGGCAGAUGAUGUCUAAACAGGUAGUGUUCAAAAAGGCAAAGUAUAUGAACACAGACUGAACACUGAGCUGACACAGCUACACGGCUCCUGGAUCAGUGGUGAUUUCUUUUAGGCAGCUCAAGCCACAGUUGUAGUAGCCAACCCAAAAAAUGUAGCCUUAGAAUAUGCACCUCAGGGGACCUAGAAAAACAAGUUUUCUUAACUACACUCUAUUCAUCAACAAGCAUCAAACGUAUCUUACUGUACAUGCACUUAAAAUCAACCCAGCAAAUUUGAACAAGGCUUUUCUUGGUGAUGCUCUGGUCUCUGGUGAUGCUCUGGUACUACUAAUGCCACUUUGAUGUGUUAGCUUAAAUUGAUAGCAAAGCUAUUGGUGCAGGUCCCCUUCUACACCACAGAAAGGUGCUCUUCAGGGGGACAGAUAGCAAGGACCAUGUGGGAGACUGGAAUGUCUUGGGUCACCACAAUCACAUUCAACAAGAUUAACACUGAAGGCUCCAAAGCAUGAUCCAAGAACAAAAGAUCCAAGUGGCAAUUUGAGCAAUUACUUCAGAGCAGUAAUCUGUUCAAAUGUGGUGGAACCUAUCUAUCUAUUUCUCUACUAAAGUGGGCUUAGGGGCAACAUCCUCCUCCGAACAGUCUAAAAUACUCUACUGUAACAUCAAGUAUCCUCCACCUCUGAUUCCUACAGAGGCUCACCUUGAAUUCUGGAGUGUAAUGCUCACCCUUAAACUGUGGCAUAUAGCUAUUCUAAGAAAAGACAGAUCAACCCACUACUGACAGAAUUUCCCUUAGAAAAAGUGGAACACAUGGCUAUCAACUAUGCAAUGAGUACAAGAGCCAUACUAUUUCUGCACCACCAUGUGCUUCUGUCUGUACACAUGCACAUGUGUACAUAUGCGUGCGUGUAUGUGAGACGUAGAAUAACAGCAUCCCUCACAGUGGCUCGAAGACACUGGCUUUACUCUUACAUGGAAGACAAAGAAUUCAAAGCCCAAAUUUUCUAUAGAAACUUCUAGAGAAGUAGAAAAGUAUUUCUUCUAGCAUUUCUAGACAGGAAAUAGCACAAAGCGGAUUACUUGGAAGGAAGGACUGGAAGGUAUCAAUUCAUCUUUCGAGUCAGCCUCCCUUAAUGACCCCUCGUACUUGCAGGCAAUCCAAACUGCUACUGGUGUCUAAGAGCAGCUGCUCAGCUACUGUUAGUUUCUCAUUCUAUGUGUUUCACGGACCAGACCUCUUCACACUUUACAUUAACUUCUGGGUUGAUUUCUUGAGCAGACCACCACCAGCAGAACGUAGGAUCAAUCAGCAAAGAGUGCCCAGUCAAGUCCAAAUAAUCUAGCUUUAAAAGCUGACCUCCACAGAUCUUGUUUGGUUAUUAUCAUCCCUGUGCAUUUAUUUAAUGAUGACUUCAUUCAAGCAUUAAGCACGUACUUAAGCACAAAUCAUUAUUAAAUGCUGAGUUCAUGCAUACAACCCAUAACUUCAAAAGCUGUAGGUUGUUACGACCCCUUAAUUUCACUUCUCAUCUCUUUAGUGUAUAAUAUCUUUUCAUGAAUAACACAUGACGGACCACGUGCCAGUUUGUGACUAGUCUGGGCUCAGGAACCUUAUUUAGUCAUCUUACACAUAUGAUCUACCUGCUGUAAGGAAAUAAUCACAUACAGCCUAGGUACUUUCUAGAUAUUAUGUGUCAUCAUCAACAUGUUCUCAUCUGUCAGCCACCGGUUCACUGUUGAUGAAGUUAAGCCUUGUGCUUUUCAAGUUAUGUACAGCUGACGUUUCUUUGAGUUAGUGUUCUCUAUAUUGUUUUCUAGCUUUUUGACCCAGGUCCUGUUAUUAUGGACACUUCAAAAUUACUCCAUUGUAAUUGAGCUCCAUUGUAGAACUGUUUGUUCCUCCCUGUUUGAACUAGAAGAAUUUUUCAGUUCUUAAAAGUUGGGGUUUUCUUUAGUUUUGGCCAAAAUAAAAUUGUUGGGUUUGGAUUGUUCAUCUCAAAUCAACAUGCAGUUCCUGGAGGUGUUCAAGGCCAAGUUGGAUGGUGCUUUGAGCAACCUGAUCCAGUGGGAAGCAUCCCUGCCCAUGGCAGGGGGGCUGGAACUGGAUGAUCUUUGAGAUCCCUUCUGACCCAAACUGUCCUACGAUUCUACAAGCAGAAAUGGAGAUCGUGCUACAAGGACCCUUCAGUGACAGUUUUCAUCCUCAUGAGAACAGAAACAUAGGAAACAUGUUUUUUGAGACAGAAAACAUAGGAAGCAGACACAAAAGACUUGAAGCAGGCAGAUCUAUGAGGCUGCUACUUCAAAAUAAACUCAAACUUCUUAGUACAAACAAGUCUCAACCUCCCCUUUUACCCAAACCAAGCAUUCCUGCCAACUCCUUGUUUUCCACACUUGAGUGCGUGUGGCCAUAUUACAAACCAGAUGAAGCAGUCCAGCUGAAGAUUAACCUAGAAAAAAAAUCAGCAGCUUAAAGCAACGUGAGACUGCAGACUCUGAUGAGGAUUUGCAUUGAGUUUAUAAUGGGGCUAUUCACACAUGGGACCGAAUAAUCUCUAACAACACACCGCGCUGGAAUCCAGACAAACCCACGUUUCCACACAGCAUGCAACUAUGUUCAACACGAUUUCAUGUUUCCAUAGCUUAUUCAACAUAAUUAGGACCCAAGAGAUGAGUCCUGAUGAGGCACUCCUAAAAAUGCUGUUGGAACAUUGAUUUCCUAAAUUAAAUUUCAUGCAACUGGAUGGGGGG